CGUUGUGUGUUCGUAUGUGUGUGUGUGUAUUAUAAAAUCAACCAACUUAUUCUCCACAACAUAGCUGGGGGCCAUUUGGAUCUCUUCGGGACGGGACUCUCCAGUUAAUAUGUGAUACUCGAGAUGUUAUAAACGUACUGGUGCCGUGCCUUAAAGCUAUAUCGACGUUGUCGUCAUCUUUUAUGUCUGUUCUGUUCUCGUUGUUCUUGUCGUCGUUCUUGUCGCCAUAUCGUCGUCGUCGUAGUCGUCAUCAUCGUCAUAGAUGCGAACUUUUUUUUGUUUUUGUUUCUGCCUUCUUAAAUUGAAUCCAAGAAAUGUGCCUUCUGAAGGAACCAAAAGAAACAAAUGUAACACAACUUAGUUUCUCCUUCUUUUAAUGUAAAUAAAUGCGUGCAAUUUAUUUUGCGUCUGCAUUCAAGUUCAAAUCAAAACUAUGUCUGCUUUUUUUACUACAAAGUGCGAGUGCUAGAAUUCAACGAGUAUAUGAUAUGGAAGAAUAGUUUGAAUGGUGUUGAAAAAGAAUCGUGCAACAUUUCGACGACGAGACAUCCUUAUUUGUAAGAAACAACUUAAAAACAAGCUAAUGCAUAUUUAUUGAAGCAAUUAAGUAAUUAACAGCUUCUAUCAGCGAGAAAGAAAGAUAUCAAUAAUUUAAACCACACAACACACAACUACCGUUGGGCAAUAAAAUUAAUUUAAAAUCGAAUUCGAAAUCGAUAUUUUUGUGUUCAAACAAGCAGGCGAGCAGACCGAGAGCAAAUAGUUUAUAUGCGAGUAUUAUUGAGCCAAUGGCCUGUGAUAAUGUCAAGAACACUCGUGAUUUAUUAGUUCUGCGUAUUCAACUAUAAUUGCCUCACUAAUAAUAAUAAUAACUCUAGAGUACAGGUUUUGAGACAUUUUUAUUACAAAACAACAACAACAAAAAGAAAAAUAAAUCGAUAAAACAACUAUUACAAUAUAGUGAACCACCUCGUCUCCUAGUCCUCCUUCAUAUACAUAUAUACUUACUUCAUAUAUCCACCUUCGCCUCCAACUUCAAUUCCAUACUAAAGAACCAAACCGAUCCGAACCGAACCGCCAACACGCCAAACAACACUAUGCCGGCCUAUAGCCAUAACAAUCACGCUAAUAACAGCCUAGGUGGUAAUUCUGGUGACUUAGAUCCAUACGCUUUAAAACAAGUUCUUUUAAAAAACAAUUUAGAUUUUCUGCAACUGCAGUCUUCUGCAUUAACAACGAGUAGUGUUAAUGUUGAUAUGUCAUCGAGCAGCAAUAAUAACAAUAACAACAACAACAUUGACGAUGAAGAUAACAACCAUCAACAGCAUCAUCACCAACAACAACAACAUUGCUCUUCAUUGAAUGUGAUUCUUAAGAAUACAAUUGAAAUAAUAAAAUCGUCCCAACAGCAGCAGCAACAGCUUCAGCAUCAGCAGCACCAUCAUCCUCAACAAAACUGUCAAGUUAAGAAUUCUCGUGAUGAUGUUAAAGGGAACAAUAAUGUUAUAGAACACAACAACAACAACAUGACCAAUGACAUUGUUGGUAAUAAUGGAAGUGACAUAAUGAUCGCAAAUAAGACGUUUAAUGAAGGAAUGGCCAACAUUGGCAAUGUGGUGCGUGAUAAUGAGCCAAGUAUUACUGGUGGUGCCACUGCCACUGCCACAUCUUCUUCAUCGUCUUCUUCUACCACAAUCGAUGAAAUAAUGACACAAGACGAUGUUAAUGAUUGUUCGGCAGUGGUAAGCAGUGUUAAUGGUAUUAACAAAUCACAAUGCAUGAGCGAUCGGAAUAACAAUAAUAAUAAUAAUGGAAAUGGAAAUGGCAAUGGCAAUGGAAAUGGAAAUGUUAUAUCAUCAGAGUUGGCAAUUGGCAGGACAAAUAGUUUAAGUCCAUCGGUUAAUAGCGGCGCCAAUAUCAUGGAUGAUGGGCAAUCAUCAUCGGUAGUGGUGACGGCAGCAGUUGCAGUGACAACGGAUGAAGAUGAUGCUCGUUUGCAAUUGUCACAUUUGCUGGGGGGCAAUCGACAGAAUAACUCGUUGGAUGUUCAUUCCAAUGAUAUCGAUGAACGCUUGACUAGUCAUGGGAGUAUAGGACUGUCAAGUGGCAGUCCGGCUUAUACAACACACACUGGCGGGCAUACGGGACGUGGCGGACCAACUGGUGCCCAUGGAGGACACGGUGGAUCGCAUGGCUCUGCCGCAUCAAUGCAUCAUCAAUCAUUGCAAUCGGACUUCCAACCACCGUAUUUUCCGCCGCCGUUCCAUCACGCAACACAGAGUCCGCCUCAGCAACAGUUACCUGCCUAUUUACAGAAUCAUGGUGCUCUAGAAUAUUUAGGAACCGAUCCAUAUGGCCAACCUUUAUCAUCAUUACAUCAUGCUCCUCUACAUCAUUACAAUCAAUUAGCUGGGUUAAGAUCAACGCAGGAUCAACUUGGCAUACAUCGAUCACAUCGAGAUGCCGAACUCCAGGGACAUGUGACACAACUUUCGCAUGGAUUUCCCUACACAGAUAGACGCGGUGAUUAUGGAAGUGCAAUAAGCGGUGCUGGAGGUCACGGUGGAAGGCUGGGACAUGAACAUGAUCCUUUGGCAUUACAUCAAGCACUUCAGAAUGCCGUUGAUGAUGGACAAAAUGCCGGAAUGGAUGACAAUGUGGCAUUUAUGUCGGACUUGCCGUUAAUAAAAAGCAUUAAAAGUGGCAAAGAUGUCGGAAAUAUUGGAUCAGGUUCACCUAGUGAAGUAUUUUGUGCAGUACCCGGACGUCUUAGCCUUUUAUCAAGUACAUCGAAAUAUAAAGUCACAAUUGCCGAAGUACAAAGACGACUAUCACCACCUGAGUGUCUCAAUGCCUCAUUGUUAGGAGGUGUUUUACGAAGAGCUAAAAGCAAAAACGGAGGACGUCUUUUAAGAGAAAAGCUGGAAAAAAUUGGUUUAAAUUUACCAGCUGGUAGAAGAAAGGCUGCCAAUGUAACAUUGCUAACAUCUUUAGUCGAAGGUGAAGCAACACAUUUGGCAAAAGAUUUUCAAUUUGUAUGUGAAACAGAAUUUCCCGCCCGACAAUUAGCUGAAUAUAUUGUAAGACAUCAAACCGAGCCUCAAGAAUCUUAUAGACGAAAGGAGCUUUUGAUGCAUUCACAACAGAUUACGAAGGAACUGAUGCAAGUACUUAGCCAAGAUAGAACAACACAAUAUGGUACAAGGUCACAACAUCUGCUAGAGCCAUCAAUGCAACGCCAUCUAACGCAUUUUUCAUUAAUAACACAUUCAUUUGGAUCUCCCGCCAUUAUGGCUGUACUUCAUGCAUUCCAGAACUUCCUAAAUGAAUCCCUUAAUUAUUUAGAUAAAUUAUAUCCUCCAAAUGGUGGUGGUAUGGUAUCGUCUUCCUUAGACAAAAACAAAAUGGACAGCGAUAAAAAAUGAUAAAACGCUCCUUCCUGUGUUUCAUCACACUUCUGAUAUAUAGAAAUUUUGAAAUUUAUGAUGUAAAUACAACAAAAACAACAACAACAACCAAAAACGCCACGAGACGUUUUGCUUAUUUUUUUUGUUUUUAGUAAAACAUAAAAAUAUUACAUCGAUUUUUCAUUUUUUUUUUUCGUUUUUCUAGACAUUGUUGUAAAAUUAUUACUUGCUAUAUAUAUUAUAUAUAAAUAUAUUAAAAAAUACGUAAUUUAUAUUUAUUAACAAAAAAAAUAAAAAAACAAAAAAGAAUCUUUAAUAAUCACAUUCCAAGACACACGACUAGCUUAAAAUAAAUUAAUGCAUAUUAGAUAGAUAAGUUGUAGGUACUUAUUUCCAACAAAAUAAAAAAGAUUAAAAACUUUAUAAAAAAAGGCUCUAGAACUUCAUAAACAUUAAUGAAUUCUUAGCAAACAAUUGUUUUAUUUUGUAUAAAAUAUGGGCAAAUGUUUAUACACACUCUCUUAUAUAAAAACAAAAUGAAAAACAAAUAAAAUUCUUAUAAAUAAGAAAUCAUUAAAAAUGUUUUGUGAUAUAAAUAGUAUUUUAAUUUAAAUUGUAAAUUAGUUAUCAAUGUAAAAAAUCAGAAAAAAAACAAAAAAAGUAUAUUAUUAAAAUUAAGUAAAAACAAUAAACAAACCGGAAUAUAAAUUAUUAUUUAUUAUUUUUUUUUUAUUUCGUACAAAAAUCUUGUUAUUCAAGUAUAAAAUAUUCACACAAAAUGUUGCAUUUAUUUAAUUUUUAAGAUUAUUAUAUUAUAUAUUUAUUAAAACAAAAAGCUUGAGUUCUAUGUAGAUUAUAAACAAAAAAAGCACAAUAUUAUAUUUCUUCAUAAUACUUUUUGAAUUGUUAUUAUUAAAAAUAAAAACAAAAAACAUGGUUGUAAUGUGCCAAAACGGUUUGCCAUUCAAUUAGCUGUUAUAUUCCAUUACUUUUGCCAUAAUCCUUUUCUAUAUUGAUAACAUGGAAUAAAUACUCAAUUUAACUGUAAACUUCACACCACCAUCAAUUUAAACAAACAAAUUUUCAAGAGGCUUUUUCAUAAAUAUUAUUUUUUUAUAUUUCUUUUAUAUUUUUAAUUGCCACAAAUAAAAAAAGGUGCUUUGAUGUCCUUUGAAUUUAGAAAAACACACGACUCACAAAAAUCUCCAUCAAUUCUUGCCAUUUUUUUAAAUAAUAAAAUUAACACAAAAACAUUUCAAAUUAGCCAUAGAAAUAUAAGAAAUAAAAAAUAUUAAAACAAAAUAAUAAAAAAAAAACUUAGCUAAAAAAUCAAAUAAGAAAAUUAUUAUAAAUAUAUGUGAAUAUUUGCGAAAAGAUUUUAUUUUCCAAAAUAAAAAAAAAAAAUAAGAAGUAAAUAUGUAAAGCAUUUCUGUAAAAAAUUGUAAAUUAUAAACUAAAUUAUAAGUAAGCUGAAGCAUUUAAAA